AUGGCACCCUCCGUUGAGGGCUUUCAUCCAGAGAAUAUACCCAGCAUUGUCACUGGUUUUCGGAAUGAUGGGACUUCGGCCUCUUUCUGUUUCGGCACGGCAGACCGUCCGCUCUCUGGCAAAGAGUGUGUCAUUUAUGCCGUUCAGUUUCCUGACGCCGCCACCUGGGCUGUGCGUGUACCUGUGCAUGUAAGCCAUCUACCGCCAGAGUCCAUCACUAACUUCGUGGAGACGGAGGUGUCUAUCUUGAAGCGUUUACAAACGAGCGAGUUCUCCAGGUCGCCGAGGUUGUUAGGUUACAAUUCCGGGUUUGAUAAUCCCAUUGAAUUCCCGUACCUCGUGUUGAGUUGGUUCGAAGGGACACAACUAGAAUGGUCAGAUACCAUCCCUCCACAGAGAGAAAGCCGAAAUAAGAUUAUCCGUCAAAUAGUAGACAUAAUAUUGGAGUUGGCAGACUGUACAAAGGAAUUGCGUACUGGAACCUCCGCCAGCAAAUACCUGAUUGAGAUCAUCGACCGUAAGAUCGUUCGCGCCAGCAAUGGCCAGAUGCCUGAGUUACAACUUCGAGAUUGCUUCAUCCAGCGAGCACUGGUGUCACGAGUCGUUCAUCCCGCUCUUGAAAACUCCCCGUUCUUGAUCUCGCACGAAGACUUGGCCCCACAGAACAUUAUCGUCGACAGUGAAUAUAACAUCAAAGGGAUAAUCGACUGGGGUUUUGCUAGACUUCUCCCUCUUCAAUUUGCAGUCGGUUUCCCACGCUUUUUAGCCAUCGAACCGGUUGAAAUAGACGCUCCCACACCCCCGAACGUCGUUUCCUCUUCUUCUGCCUUUCUCCAACCAUCUCCAGUCCUCCAAAUCGACCGCCAGAAUUUCAUAUCAUAUCUCUCAUCCAGAUCUCCUCUCGUGGAGCCCUCCACUCCAUCCAGAGCGAUCUCACUCGCGCAAUCUAUCAAGUUAGUCUUAUCGGCUUCUGAUGUUGAUUGGCGACGUCUCCUAUUCGAAGCAGCCAGUAGCAAGGGCCUUCACAGGUGGAUGGCGAAGAGAUCGUGGCUGCUCCAUAGUACAGGAAGUAAAUGGAGUACUUGUGGAAGUUCUUUGGUUGAAGAGGUGGACGGAUUUUUAACGGGCAAGAUAGGGCAGAAAAGCGGCCUAAGCUGGGAGAUAUUAGUAGAUGCUAUCAAAAUCUAGACGAUGAACUGUUGGUUAAUGGAAAGAGUGCAAGUACGAAGCAAAGUUUCUGCAAGACAAGGUCAUGGGCAAGUAGAACAGUAGGUAAAUGCGCGGGGAGGCGAUGACUGGGCAUCAACAUUGUUUGCAGGGCUUCGGGAAAGCUGUACGAUACAUGAUGCCAUCGAAGUAAAUGAAAGCAUGACUU